AUGUCUGGCCCAGGAUUGAAGCCGCCGCCGCAUGUUUGGGGUGAGGCUGCACUCCCCUCGGAGGAAGAGAUCCACAGUCUGGGGGUGCUCCUGGAGCGCUACUGGAUGAACAAAUGGCAGCUGCAGCCAGGCGUGUCUGAACACCUGCGACUGGCCAGACAAGGUCUGGCAACUGUGAGGCGUGCCCUGGUGACAUCUGGACUGCUGCAGUGCGCUCCGCAUGGGACUGCCCUUGAGAAGCGUUCAGGGGCCUCUCCGGUUCCCAGGCUCAAUGCAGGCGCUGGCCGCGACCUUCCGAGCCCCACGUGGUUUGGGACCAACCCACCGGAAGGACCGCCUCGGUCCCCUAGGAACCCCUAUUCCCAACCGGGGCAGUCGUCUUCAGAGGGGCCGGAAGUGACGUCCCAGCGUCGCGACUCUCUUCCGCCGCGUCCUGGCGGCGACUUCCGGCCGCGGUGGCGAUGGAGACGGCGGCGGCGGCGGCGUCGGGGGAGCCGGGCGAGCGGUGGGCGCCGGUGGGGGCGGUGGCGGAGGAGGAGGAGGGGGGCGGCGGCGGGGGCGGCCUGCUCCUCCUCGUCCUCCCCGCCGCCCUCGUCGCCGUCCUCCCCGCGGUGGCUGCGGGCGGAGCGGCGGCGUCUGCACGCGGCGCUGCUGGCCCUGGCCUCGCACUUCGCGCAGGUGCAGUUCCGGCUGCGGCAGGUGUCCCGCGCGGGGCCGGCCCAGCAGCAGCGCCUCCUGCGCGAGCUCGAGGAGUUCGCCUUCCGCGGCUGCCCCGGCUCCGGCCUGGCUGUUUCUUCCAUGGGCUCAGGGAAUAGAAGUGAGCACGAGAAGCAGGAACAGCUAGAAGCUCGGAAGGAGAAGCAGCGAGAGCUCAUCUUGGAACUGAAGGCCCAGCUGGAUGACCUGGAAACGUUUGCCUACCAGGAGGGCAGUUAUGACGCGUUGCCCCAGUCGAUGGUCGUGGAGAGGCAGCAGGUGAUCAUAGAGGAGCUGAUCAAGAAGCUGGACAUGAACUUGAGCGAGGACAUCGCCUCUCUGUCCCCGGAAGAGCUGCGUCAGCAGGUGGAUGUCGCUGUGGCGCAGAUUGUCAACCCAGCACGUGUGAAAGAGCAGCUUGUGGAGCAGCUGAAGACCCAGAUCCGGGACCUGGAAAUGUUUAUCAAUUUCAUCCAAGAAGAAGGCAGCAGCCCAGGGAAACCAGAAGGUGGGCAUUGUGAGUGUUCCAGUGGAAAGGCUGGAAGAGACACCUGCAAGCCAAAGACUUGGGAGCCUCGCAGGAACAACAAAGUGAACCCAGAAGACGCUCACAGGAUGCGAGAGACAGGACUGCAUCUCAUGCGACGCAUGCUUGCCGUGCUGCAGAUCUUUGCUGUGAGCCAGUUUGGCUGUGGGGCUGGGCAGAUCCCUCGCCAUCUGUGGCAGAAGCAUCAAGCGGACAUGGAAUAUUCACCCUUGGUGAAGAAGCUGGAGGUGGCCGUGGCCCACGUGAGGCAGCUGGCCCAGAAGUCCCAACUAGGAGAGCUGGAGCACGUCAUCAACUUCUCGGGGUUGCAAAACGUGGGCAAGUGGGAUGAGCUGACGAUGGCUGUGCGCAAGGAGCUGACGAUUGCUGUGCGGGACCUGCUAGCCCACGGCCUCUAUGCCCCGUCCCCUGGGAUGAGCCUGGUCCUGGCCCCCAUUGCCUGUCUCCUGCCGGUGCUGAACUCUUCCCCUCAGGCCAUGCAUCCCUGGGAGCUCUUUGUGAAGUAUUACCAGUCCAAGAAUGGCCGUGCCUUUGUGGAGUCCCCAGCUCGUAAACUCUCUCAGUCCUUUGCUCUGCCGGUAAUGGGCGGGGGGCCCGUCACCCCGAAGCAGAGCCUCCUGUCAGCCAUCCACACAGUCCUGUCGGAGCACGACCCGUUCAAGCGCAGUGCGGACUCGGAGCUGAAAGCCCUCGUGUGCCUGGCUCUCAACGAGCAGCGCCUGGUUUCCUGGCUCAAUCUUAUCUGCAAGUCCGGGGCCCUGAUCCAGGCCCACUACCAGCCCUGGAGCUACAUGGCCCAGACAGGGUUUGAAGGAGCCCUCAACCUCCUCAGCCGCCUCAGCAGCCUGCGCUUCAGCCUCCCCGUGGACUUGGCAGUGCGGCAGCUGAAGAACAUAAAGGACGCCUUUUGAGUGGCUGAAGCCCCACCUCGG